AUGCCCCCACGCAAGCCCACUUCAACGCAGCGCAAGAACGAGGAGGAGGGGACCACAAUGGCUUCUACCAAGCCCAGGUCCACCAGGUCUGCAACCAAGGCCAUGCAGCAGGAGCUCAUUGUGGACAUCCCUGUAACCAAGAAGAAACAAACCAAGGCUAAGAAGAACAAGAAUAUCACCUCUGCUGACCGUGAUGCAGCUGAUGAAGAAGCUAAUGAGACUAUGGUAGAGAAUUUGACUGCUACUGCCAGGACGCUUCAGGAGAGUGGUGCUCCGCUUGCACCACCUGCUCGUCGAGUUGGGACUGGAGUCACCUUGGCUCCAAUCACUCCAAGUAUCACCACGUCUCGCAUCAGGCGUGAAGAGCCAGAGGACAUACCCCAGAUCGCCAGCAAAGAUAAAGGCAAAGGUAGAGACCUCACUAACUUGGGCUCAUCAGACACAGAGGAGAUAGAUGAAGGAGAAGACGACGAGGCUGAGAAGUCUGAUGAAGAGGGCGACAAGGAGAAAGAUGCUGAUGCUGGUAGCAAUGGCGAUGAAGAUGGUGAGCCGAAGAAGACUGACGACGAUGAGGACGACGAUGAGGACGAUUCCGCUGAGGUGCCCAUGCAUGCUGACUUGUCAGACAACGACGACGACACCAUGGAGGUUGACCCCACCACUCCCAAGUGCCCUGCCACUCCCGCCAAACCCACCACCGCUUCCAAGCGCAGGGCCAGCACUUCGCCCACCACCACUCGUCAGAUGGGUAAGGGUUUGCGCAAGGGCAUCACCCAUGCCAGUGCUUCUUCCCGUCGAGCUUCUCCCUCUCCCACGUCUGAUGACCUUGAGGAUUUGCAAGGUGCAUCCCGCACCAUGGGUGGUGUCGCUAGAGGCAAGGCCAUGGGUGUUGCCCUCAACAUGGCUGACUUUGACACCAACAUGGAGUCUGAUGCCCCUCCUGUCAUGGGCAUGGUUCACGUCUUCAAGAAUGGGGCAUUGCCUCUGGAGGGUCCCACACCUCUUGCGGUGAAAGUCCCCAUCAAGAACACUCUGGGGCCUGUCCUCACCACUGCUGCCAAGAAGAUGGUGGCCCUUAUUAGCUCUGACAUCCUUCUCUGGGAUGCUAAGACCCUCAUGUGGGAAGUAAAGGGCCCCUACGCCAUUGCUGUCGACAACAAUGAGGCUGCCAUUUGGGAUGAUGAGAAUAUACUCAGAAUUGGAAUUCAACCAUCUGAGGUCAACCUCUCCUACCUUCUGCCUCCCUCCCCCUCCAUCAACUCCACUUCUGCUUCCUCAGCAGUCUCCUCCAUCGCCCCCUCCGCUUCCAUCUCCGUCGCUGGCACCUCCACCACUCCCGUCAACAGCCUCAUCACCGCCUUCCCCAACGACCCUCUUCUUCUACGAAUUGCCACUCGUAUGGAGGUGCCACUCCAUAUGACCAACAGUGGCAAGGGUAAUGGUGGUCUGGUCAACAUGUAUGCCCGCUAUCAGCUUGCUGUAGGCGCCAUGGCCAAGUGGAACAGGCUCACCACUCCAUGGGAUGGAGCUCCUGUUGAGGAGGCUGUCCUUUGCUCCAUUUUCAUCAAGAGGACAAACUUCGGCACCUAUGGAGCCCUCUUCAAACGCUGUCUCAAGUUCCCCAUGCUCAUGGACAUGUUGCAGAACCCCGACUACGACUUUACGUCUGAGGCUCAUACGAAGGUCUGGGGAGGUCGUGAAGUUGGCAGGAUGACUCUGGGGAAGGUUCUGGAUGAGUUGGAGGCAGAGCUUGCAGCAGAGGAGGCAAAAGUCGUCGCUGAGAAGGCCAAGAAGGCCAAAGAGGCAAAGAAGAAGUCUGCAGCUAAGAAGGCUACAAAUUUCUGUUUACAGGGUCUUUGGAUGGUGCUAUCCGUCCUUUUCUUGCUAGGACUCCUUCCAUGUGCCGCUGCAGCUCCUCUGGAGGACCCAUUUCCCAACAUCCGGUUUGCUGACUUUGCAAAAGUCAUCAAGCUGACCUUUGGUGAGAACAUCAGUCUGGCCACAGUCCUGAUGCUCCUCUUCAGCAUCACCACCAACACCGACAUUCUCAACUUGCAUGGCCAGCAGAGGGCUGUGAGUAGUAACAACCAGGUCGUCACUAGCUGGAUGGCAGCCUUUGUUCGUGCCAUUAAAGACAAGCUUCAGGUUGAUGUCUCUGACGUCCCUGGCGACUCUGAUGAUGAUGCUGGUGCUGGCAAUGUCGAUUCAGACUCUGGGUCCUCUGAGGACAAUAUGGAUGCCUCUGACAAUAAUUCCAACUCUGGAUCUGAUGAAGACAUGGACUCCUCUGGCUCUUCUAGCUCUGGCUCCUCUGACACUUCUGUAAAUGCUGAGACUGUCUUUGAUACUCUCUUUCUGGCCAGCGACAACCACAAAUCGUGUUCUGCAAAGAGCCAGACCACCAUACUUGGUAAAAAAAUUGACUCUCUCUGCCACUCUCUGGAUCUCUACACGCAUAACGAUAAACGCCAGCUACGUCGCAAACUCCUUCCCAUUUCCACUUCCUCCAUUCGGCCUAUCAUCAUCAUCACCCCUCCUGUCAUGGGCUGCUCUACUGCUGGCUGUCAUGGCCAUGGUCUCACUCAAUACCUCCGUGAACGUGAUAUCUCCAAAGUCACCUUGCUUCGUGGAAGUGAGUGCUUUGAGAAGGUUCCGGUAUUGGCUGGUAGAUGUCCCAAGUGCUCCACCAUGUUCUGGGCAGACCAUGAGAGCUUCAUUGACGACAAUCGACAACUCGCACUCUAUCUUCCCAAUGCCAAGUACCUCAAAGUUGGCAAGCAGGUCUGGGUGGAUCGCAUUGUCUCCAAGGCUGUCAUGAAUGCCAACUACAGCUUCCAUGCUUCGACAGCAGCAAUAACGGAGUUCUGGAACUAUUCAUUUGUCCAGCCCAGUGGAGCUUCAUUCACCCUCACUCACAGACAAGUCUGGAAAGCCUUUGUCUUGGAGUCCAUCCGCCUACUUGCAGGUUUCAGCAACUCGACCAUGAUCUUCAUGGACAAUCUGAAGAUCAGUGAGCUUGUGGCCGCUGCCUACUUGUACCUUGGAGAUGGGGGAAUCUGUUGA